AUGAAAAUUGUUAAUUCAAAAUUAAAUACACUUUGUGAGUUUUUACCUUCAGCAGUUAUAUUUGAUAAAGAAGAUUUGCUUUCUUAAGAUAAAAUCAAUAAUCAAAGAUGGAUAGAAGUAGAUAAAAAAAUUUAAUAUAAAUAAAUUGCUACUACUGAAUAAAUAAAGGUAUCAUUCAAAAAAAUUGUAAAGGCUAUUCUUAUAGGGAAUGCAGUUGCUGCUAAAGGUGCUGAAUAAAAAAACUCUUUUCUCAAAAGUUUUUAUCAAAACUUUAGUGGAAUAGGUUAUUUAUUAUUCUCAAAUAAAGCUGAAAAAAGAGCUCAUCUUUUCUUUGCUGAACCUGAUACUUAAACAGCAAUUAGUAAUUAGAAUCUUAUGUUCAACAAAACUUAAAAACCAGAUUUAAAGACUCAAAAUUUUAAUUAAAUUAUUAUACAUGUACAUGGAGGUGGCUUUGUUGCUAUGGGAACUAGGUCUCAUUAAGUGUAUUCGAGAAAAUGGGCUAAUUUACUAAACUAUCCUAUAUUUUCUAUUGAUUAUAAAAAAGCCCCUUAGAAUCCUUAUCCUGAAGGUUUAAACGAUAUAUGGCAGGCAUAUAAUUGGAUAUUGAAUAAUGUCAGCACAUUUUUUAAUAUAUAGCCAUAAAAAAUAGUUUUUGUAGGAGAUUCUGCAGGUGGAAAUUUAAUAAUCUCAUUAACUCUUUUAUGUAUUAAAUUCGGAGUAAGAACACCUGAUGGUAUAGUUCCUAUUUAUCCAGCGUUAAAUUGUAGCAUUAACUUUUUUACACCUAGUUAUUUACUUUCACUUGAUGAUUAAAUUUUGCCUCAUAUGUUUUUAAAAAUGUGCAUUAAUUCUUAUAUUAAAAACGAUUCGGGAUUAGAUGCUAGUCAAGAUUAAUAUAUUUCUCCUAUACUGGCUUCUGAAGAUUUCUUGAAAAGAUUUCCAAAAGUUAGACUCAGUUUCGGUCUUUGUGAUCCUUUAAAUAAUGAUGCUUUUAGAUUUGUUGAAAAACUUAUAUAAAAUGGUGUCGACGUAAAAGCUAUUGCUUACAAUGAUAUGCCUCAUGGAUAUCUGAAUUAUGAUGUACCUGGAGGAAUGAAAUAUGCAGCUAUAUGUGUAGAAGAUGCUGCUAUUUUUAUGAAAGAAAUAUUAAAUUGA